AUGAAAACAAAGGAACAAAUCAUGUUUGAUAUCACCAUGCCAAUCUCUUCUGUGGAUGAUUUAUCGGAGAGUGAUCGCUUAAAAUUAAAGGAUUACAACCGACAAGAUGAAGAAUCAAGCAGUACAAAAUUUGAGAAAAUUAUUCCAAUAUCGGAAGAGGAAGAAAUUCUGAUUAUUGAAAUUGAUGACAAGACUGGGACAUUGGAACGAUUAGACAUUGAAUAUGGAGAAGAUAAAAUUAAUAUUGAGAAAGUGUUAGCCCGAAGAAAAUGCAAAUUUGAUGACGAAGAUUAUGAAUAUUUAGUACAAAUAGAAAAUUUUCAAGACAAAAUUUGGGUUUCACAAAAGUAUUGUGAGAGACAAGGAAAGAAAGCUUGGAAUACAUUUCAAAACCAGUUGAAAAAAUCAGAUGAAAAAAGAGGGCAACUACUAAGGGAGGAAAAUCUCGUCAACUCAAUCUCUAAUACUCUAAUGAAAAUUUUAAAACGUGAGGACAAGUUAAAAUAUCUAGGCUCUUCAGAGAAUAUUUCAUUGGAAAGUAUUCCAGGUGUGAUAAUUUCUGAAGUGAUAGAAGAGCAUUUACACGAGUUGAUUGAGCAAGCAGAAAGUAUGAAAGAUGAAGAAACAGCACCAUCGAUAAAUUUUGACAAAAUUGAUAAUUCACUGAAAUCAUGCAUCGAUCAAUAUGUAGAGCAUUAUUUCAAAAAAAGAGAAGUAACAACAUGCACUCCAGCAACUACGUUAGAAGAAAUUAACAAGAAAAAACUAGCAAAAGCUCAAGAGAAUAUCAAAAUGAGGAAUGAGCUGGUUAGAUUUGCAAAAUAUAUCAAUCAGAGCUUAUGA